UUUUAGGAAAAAAACAGUUUAAUAUGUUCUUUCAUGUUCUGAGAAUAAUAAAAACACUUUUUAUUCUGACACUUUAUAUUGACACUUUAUUUAAUAUUGACACUUUUGCACUUUCAUACUUUUGUAAAUACAGAGUCUUACUAUCUUUAACUAUUUUUAUGAGAGUUUUUAAAUUUGAUUGUACCUUGUAUAAUGACAAAUAAAAGCAUUCUGAUUCUGAAAAAAAUCUUGAUCAGGGCUUUCAUAGUUUAUGCAUCAGAGGGUUAAACAUUAAUAAACUAUCUUCUUACCAUUUAUAAAUGGUCUAUUUAUAAGUUAUGAUUAUUGUAAAGUGUCACCCAAUAUUUUGUCCUCAAUCCCUGUUUCAGUUGUCAGAAUGACAAUAUCAGAUACUGUUGAUGUGGCCGCAGAGAGAGAGGGGGGAGUUCUUCUUUUGCAGUUUCAAAAACCAUCCACAAGUAGACGGUGUUCCUCGGCUUUGCGCCUGGAGAGAGAGAGAGACAGAGAGACCAAGAGAGAGACAGUGAGAGAGAGAGACUCCAAAAACCACUGUCACGGGGUUGUGUCGGUGUGUGCGUUACUAAAGCACUGAUUUGCAUUUUGAUAUAUUUUCAUUCCAGGCACUUCUUCUGCAGCCAAGUUUGGAAUCUUGACUGAAGUAUGUCAAAGGCUGCAACAGUGUCUCCAUCUCUUUCUUUGACAUUUUUCUUCACAUUUGAGGGUUUCGUUAUCAUCUCGGGGAAUAUCAGCGACUGCAUCUUUUUAUAUCUCAUCUGAAGCCUGGCUCUGAAUGCACAAGAGAGCGCGUGCUGCCAGAGACGGAGGUGAAAUGCUGGAAGAAGACAAUGAUGUUCAGCCCGUCCAUCACUGGCCGCUGUUUUUGGCUCCGUGAGCUCGGCUGUCGGCUCUGCUAAGGCUUUACGCGCUGAGAGGAGGAGAGGAAAGGCUUCCCCCGUCAGCUGGAUCACGUUUCACCACUGAAUUGAUUGACUGUUGUGUAGAGAGGAAGGUGGGACGCGAGAGGACAGGGGGGACUGGACAGAGCAGUAUUUGGAUCUGCUGGUUGACAGAGCCUAUUGGGCUGAGGGGGGGAGUCACUGGACUUUUGGACAUUUGUGCGGUGGGGGGGUUGGGGGGUGGGAGAGAAAAAUGCUGCCUUCCCAAGACGCAUCCAAAAUCUACCAUGACAACUACAUGCGCAACUCCAGGGCCAUUGGGGUACUGUGGGCGAUAUUCACCAUCUGCUUGGCCAUCAUCAACGUGGUGGUCUUCUUCCAGCCCUACUGGAUCGGUGACAGCAUCAGCACCCCCCACGCUGGCUACUUCGGCUUGUUCCACUACUGUGUGGGCAAUGGGAACUCUAACAGGGAACUCACGUGCCAGGGCAGCUUCUCUGAAUUCAGCUCCAUCCCAUCAGGAGCCUUCAAAGCGGCUUCCCUCUUCGUGCUGAUGUCUAUGGUGCUCAUCGUCACCUGUAUCGGCUGCUUCGCCCUCUUCUUCUUCUGCAACACCGCCACGGUCUACAAGACGUGCGCCUGGAUGCAGCUGCUAUGCGGUAAGAAACACAGAUACUUCGGUGGGUGUUAAAAGGUAUGGGAUAAUAGGAGUCUUCCCAUUGGUCUCUGUGUUGAGGAGAGAAGCAUGAUAUCCUCAAAUCACCUCUGUUGGUUUUAUGCACCUUAUCUCUUUGUGCCACAAUCGCCCCACAACUCCAAAGGAUGAGUGCAGCAGGAGCGCAUCGCUCAUUCUGCGCACGAACACUCCACGGGGGACUUGCUCCUCAUCAGCAGCUGCACCCCCGUCCCUCUCUCCUCCUGUCUGCUGUGACAGCACAGGGGCUUCCCUAAACCAACAACAACAGGGAUGAAAUGGGAGCUUACACUUGAGUGAGAAACAAAUCGGUAGAAAUGUGGCCAAAAAACAACUGUCAUGCGCACUGAAGUUCUAUUUUAUGACCCCAAAUUUUAUUCAUCAGGCACUAUUGUGGUAUUUUGCCGUUUGUGUCACCACGAAAAGGGUUUGAGGUGUUAAAAGACCCCCCCCCCCCCCCCCACACACACACACACACACACACACACACACAAAUAAAUGUCCCCCCCAAAACUUUAUCAAAACACUGCCUGUUCAGUUUCACCAAGCUGGCUGAGAUAAUGUGUAAUUGUAUGGAAUUAUGAUAAUGAAGUGCCUUCAGCAGUGUUGCAUCAAAGAUCACAGCUUCUAUUUUGGUUGCCAUAUCUGCCCUGGAGUUUAAUCUGCAUUAUGCAUGAUCUGCAUAUGCAUUCCAGUAAUGUAUCCCCACUCGGUACAUCCAUUCUUCAGUGUAAAACUGGAAAACAAUCCAUGCAGGGACUGUACUGUGUUUUUAAAUGGGGGUGUCAUGCUUUUUAUUCCCCCAGACUCUACAUUUCCUCUCUGAUGUCUCUUUAAAAGCUUUAUGUGAUUUUCAGAUUGAAAAACAGCCUCAAAUUUCUCACAGUGGUGUAUUAAAAUAUUAGAGAACGCUUUCUUUUACGGUACACUUAUUACCAGGUAAUUAACAGGUAAUAACCGAGUAACAACAUGAAAUUAUCUGGUAAUUACAUGAUAACUACUGAGUCAAUACUGUCUAGUUUUACCAGAGCAUACCAGAGCAAUUUGGCUUCAGAUUUGUAUGAUGAUGGAAGGUUACCUACCUGGUAGCUAGACAGUAUUGACUUAGUAGUUAUCAUGUAAUUACCAGAUAAUUCCAUGUUGUUACUAGGUAAUUACCUGUUAAUUACCUGGCUGGUAAUAAGUGUACUGUAAAAGAAGGGGUUAACGAACUUGCAAGUGGUGUGGAUAUAAGGGAUGUUCUUCGUUUUCAGUAACAGGUGGUUAGGUGUCCUGGAAGUAGAAUGAUAUACUGACAUAAAGUGGCAGGUAGGACAUACAUACAUACCAUACCUCAUACAUUAACAGGCUUGUGUGUGUGUGACCCAUCACAGAGCACUGAAAGAAAUUGUUUCAAUUCAAGUUUGGCCAAAAGUGUCUCCUGCAGCUGAGUCAACAUCAAAGAGUCCCCCUGGUGAAUUCUUAAUCACACAAACUGCUAAUUAGCUUGAUGAGAUGCAGACUAAACUGGUCUCAGGAGUGCUAAAAAGGUGCAGAGUGUCCUGGCAUUAGAGAGACGGGUUUUCAACGUGCUGACUACAAUGUUAGAUGAGGGCUUGUCAUUGAGUUUGAAGAGAUUAUUUCACAAAUGAUCAGCCCCAGUGUUCUUGCUGACAGUGUGUGUGUGUGUGUGUGUGUGUGUGUGUGUGUGUGUGUGUGUGUGUGUGUGUGUGUGUGUGUGUGUGUGGAAAGAGUGGGUAGAGGGAGGUUCAUUGUGCAUUGGUCUGGAAGCGCUGACAUUAUCUUGGAGGAAGUAUUGAUGGGUAGAUUAUUUAUUCCCAUAAGGCAGCUGGAGCUGGUGCUGUGUCCAUGCUGGUUGAUUAGAAUGUAGCACAAAGUGCUGUCCAUUCACGCAGGAUAAAAAAUACAAAUACCAAAUCUGAACUCACACACUCUCCCAACCCCCAUCCAACACACACAGCACUCACACACUCACACACACAGAUGCAUUCACAAAAAAUCAGGCGAGGACUCUUCAACUUGCCACAGAUGACUGAGGGAACGCUAUCUUGAGUUCAAAAAGUUGAGGAAACACUGGAUCUAGGACUACCUGAAAGUACAAACCAGUCUGCAAAGAUUUAUAUGCUCCUGUGACCAGAUAUGGAACCUUUCCUGGGAGGAAUGUGUGAGUUUCACACACAGGGUUGUCUUGAUGCUACACCUGCAACCCAUCAAGCUGUAGGACUAGUGGGAAAAGAUUUUUUUCUGGAAGAGGAAUAGGAAAAGUCCACAGUGUAACAAUAGGUGACUGCCUUGUGGCCCUAAAAAUCCCUUAUGUUUAUGAUUUGAACAGUUUUUCUCUUGCUGUGGGACUAUAUCGUUCUGUUUCUGCAGGAGACACAUGCAAAAAUGUUACAAGUCCAAAAGAUUUCCCAUGAUUUCAUCUUAUCCUGUUGUUGAUGUAGCAGAGGAAAUCAUGGUCUCACCCAAUGAUAGUCUUCAGUGUUCCAGAAAGCCUACCUUCAUGCUCUAUUAACUCAAAAGUAAGGAAUCAUCCAUAAAGACUGUACUGUCUUGUGAUGUCCCUUAACUGGCAGCACAUCAUGUCAUGUUUGUGACAAUUUUUAAUGCUGGCUUGAGCUCAGCUGUAAGUUCAGUGAUCUAUAAAAGACAGGCCCCAUAGGUGGUUUGCUGGGUCAGUGCAAAAUACUGCAGAGCAGAGAAGUUCUCAGAAAAAUUGACUGUGUGCUCAAAAGGUGCCGGAAAAGGCUCAAAUGGACAGCUGUAUUUCCCCAACCACAGAUUCUUCAGGUAUUAGGAAUUGUCAGUAUAACUACUCUGAGUCCUUGGAGUACAGAGGAAAUAAUCACGUUUGACAUUCUGCAGCUUUUACAUCAUUAACUAUUCUGUGGCUCAUCAAAAGUGGAGGAGGGAACGAAGAGUAAGAGUGAUAGACCUGAUUUAAAGCCCUGCAAUAAGACUGAAGUCUGACCAUUAUCAGGGCUGAUGAUCAUAUUCAGUCUAAUGGGGCGUUCACACCAAGCGUGAGUGAAUUACAUGUAAAGGCGAUGCAAAGAUGCGAUUAGACACUCUUUCAACAUCAUCACAGGUUAAGAAAUGAAACGAUACACAAAAAGAUUAUUUAGUUAUUAUUAGACUAGGUAUAACUUUAUUAUCUUUUCAAAGAGUCUUUUGUGUCUACAUAAAUAAUAAUCAAAAUUUACAGACUGACAGGCUGAUGUAUCACAGUGAAAACAGCUAAGUCUUCAUCUUACACAUGUUGAGAAAUGUAUGAGCGGUUCACUUGAAUCUAUAAUCACAUUCACACACUCCAUAAUUUAAAUAAAAACAGGGCCUCACUUAUCAUGACAGGAUUAAAAUUAGCGUGCAUAAGAGGAAGCAAUUCACCUCAACUAAUGGGGAGGAUGAUGAUACCAAAAUGCAGAGUGAUACAGGGCUAUACAUCUGUACAUCACAGGGAUUUAUUCUUCUGCUUGAACAAGAGAGGAGAUUUAGCAAAUGUCUAUAGCAGGGGUCUCAAACUCAACUUACCUGGGGGCUGCAGGAGAUAGAAUCUGGGUGAGGCUGGGCGGCAUCAAUUAAAAAAGGGUUCCAAAUAUUCAAAAAGAAGUACAACUGAUCCUGAACUGAACACAAUUUACAGGUCAGUCAAGAUUCAGUGUAAUACGACAAACAUGAAUGGCAAGAAGUCACAUAAUUACAGCAGCAUAUAAAUACAAAAAGAGAAAUUAAAGGACGAAGAAACUUCGAUUUUAAUACAUGAGUGUUAUUUACAGCUGUUAUGUACAUGUUUGAUAUAUUACAGCUGAACAAUUGGAGAUAUCUGUAUGUAUGUCUUUAUACACAGAGUAAGCAUAUGUGUGUACAGUAGGGAUGUAGAGAUUAAUCGAUAUGGAUCGUGGUCGUGACACAGACGUGCGUGAUGCGAGUGCAUUGAUUCAUUCAGUGUGUAUCGGUACAAUGAAUGCUUUGUUUGCUGUGUGUCUGUAUCGGUAAUCUUCACAGUUGCAUCGGUUUUUCCAUUUUGUACUGCAUUCUAUCAUGUGUUUCCGAGGUGUCUUGAAUGCACCAUUUCGCGAUUUGUUUUGAAGACGGACGGAAGCCGUGCGGGCGCGUACUCUUUAAUAAUCACAGCAACGCUGCAGAAGAAGAGAAUUUUAAUGCUCCGCAAAAGUUCAAAUCCAACAUUUGGAAGUACUUUGGAUUUUACAAGCGAGAUGGUAAACUUGACAAGACGCACGUUAUUUGUACAGAAUGCGGCGCUUCUAAACCUCACAACGGCAGCACAACAAAUAUGGCCACUGACUUGAAAAAACAUGGUAUCGAUGUCCCGAAAAUCGCUGCUACCGGAGUGCAGGAGGCGAACAGCAAUACGGGUGAGAAUGAGAAAAUCACAAAACACUCAAAAAAACAAAAUCGGAUUUGAAAAAUUUCUUUACUAUUCAGAAGUCAAACAUGCUCAAUGGAAAAAUCUGAAUGCAGAAAAUGUAAACACAAGUUGUAAAUAUAUGCAUACAAAAGUAUCAGUGAGACAAAAUUAAUGUGAGUCAUAUCGUAUAGAAUUGGGAUGGAAGGUGAAUCGUAUCCUAUCGAGAACAGGGGUGAAUCGUGGAUUAUCGUAUCGGCAGGGAUUCAAUGUAUCGCAAAUUAUAUCGUAUUGUUGGCAGUGCAUCGAGAUGGGUAUCUAAUCGCCACAGUAAUGGAGAUGCACAUUCCCAUUGUACAGAAUAAACAAGUGUACAGCAUAUAUACAUAUAAAUAUGGUUUAUUGCACACCAUAGGAGGUUUCUGUUGUGGAGUCUGACAGCUGCAGGAAGAAAUGACCUGUGAUACCUCUCCAUCACACACUUCAGCUGGAGCAUCCUGUCCCUUAAGGAGCUCCUCAGUGCAGUGAGUGUGUGUUAGAGGGGGUGAGAGUGACAGUCCAGCAAUAUUUUUUAAACUGUUGAAUAAUCAUUACUAUGAACACUUCUUCAACGGUUCUUCUGUGCAUGAAUUGGGUUCUCAUAACAUGGGCUUUUCUUACCUACUCCUUGCUGCCAAUGACCUGGUAGUGCUUUCUCUCACACAGCUGAGCCAUAUUUGGCUUGAGAUAGGAAGCAGUGAAAACCCUCAGGAUGGCUUGAAGAUGCUCAUCAGUAAGUCUGGACCCGUGCUUUGACUUAUUGAAUUUUAAGGUGGAGGAGAGCUUUUCACACAGAUAUGAGCUCCCAAAAAAAGCACAUAGUCUGUUUGAACAUCCUUGAAAGCCCAGGGAAGGUAGGGGGCAAUUCUCUCAAAAACUGUUUAAGCUGGUCUGCUUCUCCACUCACCUCCCUGAACUUGGCUUUGAGAUCAGAACUGCACUGCAGGUCAAUGAGCUCCAUUUGGAGCUCAUCAGUGGCAUCUUGCACAUCGAUGGAGAAGGGGUCAGCAAAAAUGUGAAAAGUGUCUCUGUGUAUCUUCAAGUCUGCAAAGCUCUGAUCAGAUUCCUCCAAAUUCUCUUUACUCUCUUAACUACAGCUUUUGAGAUUGGCAUGACCGGGGCUGGAUUGUGCAUCCUUUGUUUAUGUGUUAUGUUUAAAAGAGCAUCUACUGAUACACAGAGAAUGCAGCAGAAAAAACAGAUAUUUUCAUUCAUAAACAUUGGAAGCUCAUUAGUAGAUCCAACUGUAGCAGAGACUAUUAUAACAAAACUGCCACAGAUACAUGAAUAUACAAAUAUUUCUUCUGUAUUAUUAUUUUACAGUUAUAAAGCCAAGUUUGACGAUACCUAAGAGCUGCAUAUGCAAAGAUCUACAUCUUGAUCCACAGAUGUGAAGGAAAAACGAGCUCUUAAAACUUUCCGUUUGAUAUCUACUGUUAAGAGUAGGACAACACACAGCAAGCAUCUCCAUUUCAAUUUCCUUCAUCAGUAUCUCCACACAGACUGUGAUUUCUGUGAUGUCAAGAAUUCAGACGGAUGUGGAGAAGAGUAUGGAUGGCGAACACUAAAAGAAAGAAGAUGAAUGCAAACAGGCAUGAAAGAACAAGAUCAAACAUGAGUUAAGAGGAUUGGUAAUUAAAGAAGUAAAGGAAUCCGUCAGAUAAGCAAAGGAUUGAAGAUCCGCUCGGUGUGUGUGCUUUCUGCUGAGGCCCUUUUAAUGCAGAGCUAAUCUCCAAUCAGAUGGAGACUGCCGGGGUUUCAAAUCACAGCGGCCUACUAGGCAGACCCAUAAUCCUCAGUUCCCUCCCUAGAGGUUAAGCCUCAACCAAUUAUUCUCCCUACCAUGGAAAAACCCCUCAUCACUGACACAUCAGACGAUCAAGGCUUCCCUACUCUAUUUACCUCCCCUGGGACAGCAGAGGGAUGCUGGGCUCUGUGCAGGUUUUUUCACUUAACGUUUGAUACUUGAAGUGUCUGAAUCUACCUGACUUAAGAUCUAGAGUCAGCAUUGAUUCACAAGAUAAAUGUGUACAAACCAUAUCUCAAGUUAUAUAAGUCUGAUUUGAAACUUUUUUGUCCUCUCUAUGUCUCCAAGGAGUCUUGAUUUUGUGUUGUUAGUCCUUUCAAACAUGCCCUACAUGCUGUACAGCACGUUUCAUCUUUUUAUCCCAUUUUUAUUUGAGCUGAAGAAAAUGGAAAUCAGAAAAUGAGCCAUUAUCCGUAUUUUCAUUGGUUUUAUUUUGAAAAUUGAAUGAAUGAAUGAAUGACAGAGGAAUUCUGGACCCCUGCCCAACACUCAGGCUGGGUGCAGACGACAGUUUAAUCAGCUCUGCAGUGCAGCUUCACACUUCUUGCAGCCUCUCCUGGCCGAUGGGCUCUCUGAAGGAGCUCUGUUUGUUGUGUAAUGACAUGCCAGUAGACUGCAGGACAUCCCAACAGACGCCUGCCCUGUCAGAAACACCAGAGGGACAGCUGCUCUACACCACACCAAACAAACACGCCAAUACCUAAACUGGCACAAAGAGAGGAAAUAGGAGUGUGUUGUCCUGAUGAAUGCUUUAAAUGUGUGUAGCAUUUUGAAACACGAAAAUGCAAACUAGAGUUUUAGAAGGCUUUGCUGGAGAAUUACACAUUUCGUGUCAAAGGAAACCCCCACUUUAUUCUAGGAUUCUUCCCUGAGGAGCAGCUUAACUCACCCAGGGAAUAUCCUUCAAUGCUGAUGAUGGAAAACAAUGUAAUGAGGGAGGUCUCCCUGGAGAUACAAGAUGGAGGCUCACAAUUUCACCAACACACUUACGUUAAUACACGAGUUUACUCCCUUUGUAGUUCCCAGUGAGAGGGUAAUGAGAGACAGAAGGAUACAGAAACAAGAACUAGAGGAAUUGCCAUGCCUGCAGCUGGCUGAAGUUGUUUGAGUCUAAUUAGCCUACAUUCAGAGAAAGCAGUGAAAACAAACCUUCAGGAUCUCAUUCACACUCCUUCUCCUCUCUUUCUACAGUUAUGUGCCUUUCUAGUUUGCAAAUGACCAUGGAAAAAUAACUAAAAAAAAAGAAAAACAAAUAAAAUACAACAUAGUCCAAACAGGUGGUUUUGAUUUUCUUUCUGAUUGUGAAUCCUGCUUAACGCUCAUAGCUGUACUGCACCCUAAAAAAACUAAAUGAGCAUCUGUCUCAGUUAUUCUGUCACUCAAUGGGCUCUAUUUUUGGGGCCCGUCGGUGGCGCGGCGGAGGUUGGCACACCCCGCGCAGUGGUAAUUUUGUCUGGCAGAGUCCGGCGCACAGCCAGUUGUGCAGUGACAUUUUCGUGCUCGCUGCCAGCGUGGAAAGUGCGCUGAAAGCUCGCCGAUUCAAACCUGGUCAGCUUUCAGCGCAGGAGGCGUGCAGCUGGUCUAGUGGUAUCUUGGUAGACUGGUGGCAUAGUACGCAUACGUCACCGAUGCCUCACAGGCAGGUUUCCGCAGUGUCAGGAACAUAAUCAACAACAGCCAAUAUUCAGUGCAACUAUCUGAAUCAGCAUAUGUAUGUUUGUAUGUAUAUUUUAUGAGCGCGUUUGGCACGCCUAAUUGCCACUCGACCUGACCAACUAACACAGCUGAAACCCUGAUGCAAACUAACGACUUCACGUCUCUCUACCAACCACAAACAGCUUCGUCAUCACAGAGAGUAUUUAUUUGGCAUGUCAUCUCGGAACACUCAGAAAAAAUUGACGCACACAGAAGCAAUGUAGGUUAUGACCGUUGUUCUCAAGAGUUACCUGCAUCAUGUGAUCUCGCAUGGCUACAAUUCUAAUCAUUUCCAUGCUUAACAUUAUCUACAAAGAUGGAGUACAUAAUUGUGAGAAGGAGGAGGAGGAGGAGGAGGAGGAGGAGGAGGAGGAGGAGGAGGAGAACUUAAAGGGUGAGGGUGUACCAUCAAAGGACAUCAUAUUUACCCCAACAGAGCAGGAAUUUCUGGACUUUCAUCACUUUUCCUCCUCUUCACUGGAAAAGGCUGUACAGUGGAGUCAUAGUUGGUGCUGUGACCUUAUGGCGGCUUACUAGCUCAAAUCCUGGCCUCACAAUCGCAAAGGCCUCUUUGUAUUGAUUUAACAUUGUGUUGAUGGCUUGUCUCUCCCCAUAUGUUUGCCCUAUAAUAGACCCCACCUCUACUACUAACCUGCCUGGAUCAUACCCUACCACAUCCUUAGCAGUGGCUUGGAUCAGCUCCAGCCCGCGGCAGCUUUGAAUAGGAUAAGUGGCAUAGAUAAUGGAUGGAUGUUUAUGGGCAAUCUCCACUUCCUUAUUUCCUCCCAGUCCACUUCUUCAGAAACCCUGAUGGAUGUGAAUUACCUCAAUUGACUUAUUUAUUCAUUUUUUUCAGUACUUUGACGGCCAUCAAUCGUGGGCAACUUCAUAAAACAGAACAACUUCCUAGAAGGUUCCUUCUUACUGUGUGUUAGUUAGUGCUUUAUGGUGCAUGGAAGAAGCCUUGUGGUGAGAUAGACAUACUGUAUAUCAAUCAUGGUCCAAGAUGAACAUUUGAGGAGAGGCUUUUUAGAGAGCAGUUUCAAGCCCCUGUGAACAUUAAGGUCUGCAACUCUGUCCCAGAUAUGCUCGAGUUGUGCCCUCUGACAGAAAGUCUGAAAAGACUCAAGUCACUCUGCUCUCAUGAGUCCUUGCUGUGCAUUUAUUCUUAGGCGACCUUAGACAUUUGUGACACUGACUGUGUACUCUAAUCUGGUGAUGAUACAUGAGCGAGCUGCUCUCUCUGUUUGCCCUCUCAGACUCCAGUUCACUAGAUUCACUGAAUCCAAAUAUUACAUAGAGACCGUCUACUUAAACAGUAAACAGGCUUUUCUGGGAACUUUGGUCUUCUCAGAGCAUUUUGAACUUUUAUUUGACACAAAUUAACAAGGCUGAAUUAUCAUGUUUUGUAACUCAAAGACAACAGAAAUUAGAAUAGAUCCCAAAUGACCAUGCGCGAUAGUGCGGCAUAAGAUUGCUUUUCCCUUGUGUCCCUGAAGACUCCAAGCUCCUCUGCCUCAUUAGUGUCUGACCUUUAAUGACCUUUAUAUUAGUGAGGCUAUCAUGGAUCACUUAUACCCACACACACACACACACACACAUAUAUAAGACAUGUUCUGUCAGGUUUUUAUUCAGGGUAGAUCUGUGAGUAAAACGGCUGAUAAAUGUUUUGCUGUUGUUGAAGUUAUUAGUCAUUCAAGGUUUAAAGAGCAGAAGUGGUACUUUUCAAACCAAAUGGAAAGUCUUAUGAGCAUCCAGAGUCUCAUCAUGAAUAUUACGGCUUCAUCCUCCUCCCUGAUUAAAUUAUCUUUUUCAGUCCCUGUUUUGGAUGACCUGUCCCCAACUAAAGCUGUCCACAGCAAUGUCCCUGAUUUUAGCUUUUCAUGAAUGACAAAAAAUGUUGCAGAACAAUGAUUAUCACAGCAGCCGGGUAGGUAGGAAGCACAACUGAGCAUGUUGCUCGCAGUCCUGAACAACAGUCAUUAAGGGGGGCGCAGUAGCGAGUUGUUGUCUGAUAAACCUCCCCACCCCAGUCUCGAUUACACACCACCGCCGCCGUAAAGGUCAUAGUCAGGGGUUGGACCUGAGACUGUUGCUACUAAGACUAUGGCCUCUUUACAUGGAGUACUCACUGAUAUCCUACCUUUUUGAGUCACCUUUGACAAAACACAAUCACUAUUAGGACCUACUUACUUUGGUUCAUAAAGUAACAAAUAUACAUGGUCUAAGGUUUCCAAUAAAUUUCUGUUCAUAAUUCAAAUGUGUUUUUUUGCUGGGGACUAUUUUGGCUGGUGGAUUUAUACACAUUUGGUGCUCUAGUGAGUAUUUGAGGCAGCAGGAUGGUGUCUGUCAGACUGGAUCAAAAUAAGCCAGUGUGUGUGGGUGUGUUUGUGUGUUUAUGGUAAUGAGGGAGCGUGUCAGUCACUGUGGCUCGUUGAUAUAUCUGUAAUAGGCUGAACCGCUCCAAGGCCAUGCUCACAGUCACAGUCCUCAUAUCAACUCUCAGUUUUUGUCGUUGUCAGCCAUGACUGUAACAUUUAAAGGUGUUCAGAGAAACACUGGUGUGUUCUUGUGGCAUUUCUAUUGUUCUCACUCUGUGAACACAUGAUAUAUAAUCUCAGCUUGGAUAAAGUGUUGGUGAAAACAACAACCCUCUAACUCACUGCUGUAAGAUUCAAACAGCUUGAAACUUUCCACAUCUGGAUUUGAUCACAGAUCAUACUGAGAAUAAGUGCCACAAGGUCGAGUGAAGUUGUCUACAGUUACCCCAGCUAGUUGGUUGUGGUCCCUCUCUGUGGGCCUUUCUUUUCCUCAUCAGUGAGUCAUUGAGAGAUGAGUCUGUCAUGAUCUGCAGAUUGGCAUCCUCUGAGCAACACCUGUCUUUCCCAACCUAAUCCACCUUUAUUUGAGUAAUAUUAUCCAGAUAGAACAAAGUCAAACUGAACAUCUGCAGUAUCAGUGUCAUCAACCUAGCAUGUUUCUGAUUGGAAGAAUAAGCCUUGUAUCAACCGUCCGUUGUUGCAACUGUCCCCAGUCUCCCCUAUUAUAAAUAAAGUUUGAUUGAUUGAUUGAUUGAUUGAUUGAUUGACUGCUUUUGUGAUGUUGAGGUGCAGAUUAUUAGCAUCUUCCCACACAGUUCUGUUCAGUUAUAUUGAACAGUAAAACAGUAAAAUGAACAGUAACAGUGGGGGUCUUUGUUUUCAUAGUAAAACAUGAUAUUACAGUAAGAUGGUCCAUAUUCACACCUGUACCUAGAGAUGUCCAAUAAUUCCAAGUGUCAAUAAGGCCGUAGAAGCUCAACAUGAUUUAAGAAUAAGAAGAACUUUAAAUUCAACUGUCUGUUGUCUCACUUGACGUGUCUCUAAAAGUUAUCUACUAGUUACAGAGGAAUUAUAAAGUCUGAUGGCUGUUGGUACAAAAGAUCUUCUAAAUCUUUCUGUCCUGCAGUGAAGAGAGAGGAGCCGUCCACCACCAUUGGCCCUUUGGUCCAUCAAGGUGUUGUGAAGUGGGUGAUCCAUGUUCUUUAGAAUAGUCUCCACCUUUCUCAGUGUAGAUCUCUCCACUAGGCCUGGACGAUAUAGAAAAAAAGCAUAUCGAUAAAAAAUAAAUCAUAUUGAUCGAUAUCGAUAAUUAUCGAUAUAAUUAUUAUAAUUAUUUAACAUAUAUUUUAAUUGCAGCCCUGGAUGUUUUAUGCUAUUGCUUAAUGACCUACUUUUAAUAAAGAACACACAAGCACUGAAUUCAAAUUCAAACCUUUAUUCAACCACCUUUUUUUUUUUCCACAACUGAAGGUUUUUUAAAAAAGAACUUAAAAAAAAAAAGAAAUCAACUUAAGUGACCUGAGUGACGUCAGUAAAAACUGUCAAACAUAAAGACUAAAGUGACCAGAAAAUCUGAUAAAUAAAUAUUUUAAAAGUCUUUUGAUGAAAAUAAACAAAACAAACAAAUAUAUAAAUAAACAGAAUAGCUUUAGGUGGGAAUAGCAUACUACCAGUUUUAACUGUGUGGGAAACUGCCCACAGCCUGGUGUCUGAACACUGAAAUAUUUCUCCCGGGGUCGGGAGAUUUAUUUAUUUUUAAUUAUCAUGUGAUUGACUUAAUACACAAACUAAGCACGAGAAGCAGGACUUAUCCACGCCGGUGUUGUGUCGUAGAAUGCACCCCUGCCGAAUGCACCCCCUGCUAGUAGCCAUGAUCCACAUACUUGCGUCUUUGUAAAAUAUGAGCUCAUUUUCUUCCACUUUAAGAAGCUAAUGAGUGGACGGGAUGCAGGGGUGCAUUCUACGGCACAACACCGGAACGUAUUUCCUCCGCACCCUUCUCACCUUCUCAACCCCUGACCCAUUUUCAUGCCUGAAGCGCUGUGUUUGAGAAAUACUUGCGGCCGACUUCAUAUCGCGGGUCGAGAGUGGCUAGAAGCUGGUCGAAGCCAGGCUUUUCAACGGUAGUUAUUGGCAGUAUGUCCCUCGCUAUGGAGCAUGUUACUGCAUGGGUGAAGUCCUUAUGCCGCUUGGACGCUUUGUCGUAUUUUGGCAAGAAACGAAGUCCAGUUUGGUCUGCUUUACAUGCUUUGUGCUGGUGCUGGCAGCGGUUCCAGAGGAUUCCUCCUCCGACGACGACGACGACGACGUGGAGCCGCGGCGCGGCCGACACAGCAAGUACUCCUGCCGGUGCUGCCGGUUCAGAUGGUAAAACAAGCUGGUUGUGUUACCAGACUUGGUUUUUACUAAUUCUCUGCAAAUUUUGCAAACGACCGCUGUUCGCUUUUUGUCAGACUUCUAAAAACCAAAACAUUGCCAUGCUGGUGAACUACUGAAACCUUUUUUCGGGACAAUGUCCUCCGCUUCUCCUUGCUGUAUCAUUUUUUCUAAUACAUGUGCUGUCUGUUGUGGUUUGAUAGGGGCUGGGCUUGGUGCCGUAGCGUACCUGGGUCUGCGUUUGUGAUUGGUUGGGAGGAAGUAAUGACUGUAGUAAAAGCUACAUGAUAGGCUAUGAUGAAAAAGAAAGGGAAACUGUGUUUUUCUAUCGAACUUUUUAUCGACCCGUUUUUUUUCUAUCGCAUCACACGUCUAUCGAUCGAUAUAUAUUGUUAUCGAAUUAUCGUCCAGCACUACUCUCCACCACAUCCUCCACUGAGUCCAGCUUGAGUCCAACCACAGAGCCAGCCUUUUUCACCAGUUUGUUAAGACGUCUUGCAUCUUUGUUUUUGAUACUUCCUCCCCAGCAGACUGCAGCGUAGAACAGAACACUGUAGACACCACAGACUGAUGAAACAUCUGCAGCAUCUUACUACAGAUGUCUAUUGAUCGGAGUCUUCUCAGACAAAAGAGGCGGCUCUGCCCCUUUCUGUAGAUGAAGUCUAUAUUCUUAGACCAGUCCAACUUAUUAUCCAGAUGUAUACCUAAAUAUUUAUAUGAUGUCACCACUUCAAUCUCCACUCCACAGGUGUUCACUGGCUGAAGAGGGGGUUUGGAUCCACUUUGGAUUUGUUUGUUGGUGGGUUAUGCUUUGUUGGUAUAUUUGCUUUAGCAGUGUAUAAACUCCUGUGUUGUGUUACUUGGCCUCUCUCCCAGUCAUGUGACUCAUUUUCAUUUCCAUAUGCCAGAAACCACACUGCCUGUCUGCUGUCUUGUCCUCGUAUCUCUUCAUUUUUGCUCUAUCUGAGCCUGGUCUGAAAACUGAAGGCAGAUACAGUAUGUAUUUUAGCUUCAUCAACCCCCCUACAUCCCCACCCCUCCAUCUCAUAGGUCCAGCCAGUUGCCACAGCAACCCUGCUCUCUUCCUUUCCUGCAUCUCUCCAUCACCUCACCAUCAUAACUCACUCCUCUCUCUGCGUCUCUCUCUCUCUGUCAGGUCGUCUUUAAGUUUCGUCAAAACUGUUUACAUCCUGCAGUCUACACUCUCCUCGCUUUCUUUGUUUCCUCUCCUCCUUCUCCUCCUUCCUGCUCAUGUUUCCUUCCAUCCUCUUUGUCUUUUCUUUCCUCUUCUUGCUUUUUAUCAACCUUAUUCUCAGGCCCCAUAAUGCCUUGCAUGAAUUAUGAGUGCGUCUUUCAGUGCCUUUUGUUACUGGACAUAGAGCCGGCAUUUUUUUCCACGGUAUUUGUCCGCUAUUCGUGAUUCAGCGCUCAUUCUCUUUUUUCUCACCGACAGUGCUGUCGGCUUCACGUGUUAAAGUGUUAUGGCUGCAGCCUGCUACUACGCAGUUGUUUGCUACUUGGUUCUAAUUCAGCACAUGAUUGGCUCAGCACGAGGCGGACCUGGAGCAGCUCCUCUUUUCAUUGGCUAUUUGUAUAGUCUAUCAAAACAUGGCAGAAUGCCGACAAUCGAAAAGCAUAUUGACCGUGUUUUAUAUUGAUAUUGAGGGAAAUUAAUUUUCGAUAUAAGACACACAUCACCCCUCAUCUUAAAUUAUUCUCCACAGGUCUAUCAUACACAGAGGUUCUUAAAGGCAACCCUUGGAAACUCAGCCAAUGUCUUCUUAUGUUGAGUUCAGAGUUUCUAAUUUAGUGUGAAAGGUUGAAAUGAUGGUUCAGAGCUAGAGCACAAUAUUUGAUUCAUCAUUAGAGGGGACAUAAAACAGAAAACUUAGAGUGUCAAAGCUUUUAUUUCCUCUGUUAUUGUCUUUAUGCCAUGAUUCAGGGUGGAAGUGUCUUUGUAAAUGUGAAAUAAAUCCAGAAAAUGUCUCCAAUGAUCUUCUGAAAUGAUGGAUUUCAUUUUCUGAGUUGGCUUUGCUUUAGAAAGACGUUGUCAGCCAUGAGCUCUUCUUUCAGCAGUUGUUUGAUAAAUUAUGCAAAAUGCAGUUUGAUGAGGAGGUUUAAAAUGUCUACGGCUGAUGUUAAAAAUAUGUUUAGCAUAGGUUCAAAAGCUUUGCAGAGAUUUUUUCACUGGUGUUGAAUUAAUUCCAUGUACAAAGCUGAUUUCACCAAAUAAUGAGUUUCUAUUGCUCACUUCAUCACCUGUCAUGAAAUCUGGUUUUUACCUCGGGGUUAUCAUGUCUUUAAAAUAUCAUGAUUACAAUAUCAUUACGAUAUGUUUGGAAAACUUGUAAAUAUAACAAAACAAUCAGUGAAACACAGUACUAAGUUUCUAGAUAAGAUAAGAAAAUUUACUUUAUACAGCUGCUGGCUGUAAAUGUGCAGAUUUUUUUCACAGUGUUUGGGUUAGGGAUGGUGGGAGUGUGUUUGUUCUCCGCUGAGAUGUUCAGCCUCCAAUCAACAGCUUCAUUAAAGUCCUUUUACACCACCUCCUCACAGUCUGUCUGAACAAAAUGUAAGUUCUGUUUCUGAAAUGCCAAAGACUCAGUGUGACCUGAGACAUGUUUGUUUUAAAGCUUCGAGAAGAAAGGAAAAUGAACCAAACGACACAGUUUUGUGCAAAAAGAGGACUACACUGUAGAAAUCCAAUCAAGAAGAAAAAGACUCUGAGAGGUUUUUAAAUCCUUCACCAACAGCAUCCAGACUCUGAGCUUCAUAUCUGUUUGUUUUUAGUGUGCCCACUAUUUUAAGAUGUUGUGUCUAUAUUGGUUUUUCUCAUGUGGUGUGGGAUCAUUUAUUACUCCUCAUGUCGUUAAAGAUGCUGAAAAACUCAUUUGCAUUUGAGCGCUUUGAGAAUUUUCUAGCAGAGGGCUUUUCUGAAAUGACUCAUCGCUGGUCAUUUUCUAAAAUCCUGGAAACCUGUCAGCCACAAUGCUCGGAGUAGACUCCCACAACUUUUGGCAAUAUGCAACACAGAGUGAAAAAGCAGCAGCUUGGAUACCCUAAUCUUAUGCAUCUGAGACAGGUGUGCAGGCUGUUUAAUAUUGUUGGGUCCAGUUUGUGGAAAAGCUACCUCCUCUUACCCCCCAAAGCAUUUCCAGUUUGAGCCAAUGGAGCCCCAUAUCCUGUAGAGAGUCGGUGUUUACUUGUAGACAUGACAUAACCAAACUUAUACAACCGAGCUACAGACUGGCUCUCUGUGCCAUUGGUCAUCUGUGCACCAGCUUACAUUGGCAUAAAAAACAAAACAGUGUUUGAAUGGACUGUCCCUGGUUAUAAGCGCGCUCAUGGUUUUCAACAUAUUACAGAUAUGGAAUUUACAUUCACACAAAGAAACCUGGUUCUCCACAUCCCUGUAAACAUGACUAGUUCUUCCAUCCCAAAGAAUUAUGGUUAAUUCAAGUGUGGUAUUAUUGUUUACAUCAACAUAGAAUAAUCAGGUCAUAAGAAAUUACUCAAUUUAGAUUUUGUGAAGUGAGAUAUUUCAGAUGUGAUAUCUAGACAUCUUUUUAUUUUCUUUUUUAGCUAAUUGUUUUUCUAUGUUCUCACCACCUAGAUCUCUCUCUCUCUCUCUCUCUCUCUCUCUCUCUCUCUCUGUUUUUUUCUAUCUGACAAAAAUCAUAAUCAUAAUUAUUUUUGAUUGAUAUUGAGGUCACAGUUAUUUAACAAGAUUAUUUAUUGGCUUUGGUUACAACAUGAGUUUACUGAGCAUUGACGAUAGCUUUCGAGCACAGCACUGCACUACAAUGUUUAUUUGUUUAUUUGUUUAUUUAAAAGGUUCCCAUUAGCUGACGCCAAGACAACAGCUAGUCUUCCUGGUGUCCACACAAUACAUACAAGACACAAAGAUUACAAUCACACUGAAAAUACUUCAAAUAAAAACAAUAAAUUAAGGAAAAGCAACAUAUCCUUCAUUUUUGUUACAUGACAAAACCUCGCUCAAUCAAAUAAUCAAGAUGAUAUUAUGAUGUUGAAAAGAAAUACAUUCUUAGUCUCUUUUUAAAACCAGUUUUUCCCAUAAUUUCACGAACCACAACUGGAAGAUUGUUCCAAAACACAGUUGACCUUUAAAAAACAGUCCUCUUCAUAGAGUCAGACUUAGGUAGGGGUAAAGUCUUCGCCCCUCUAGUGUAAUGUGAACGCGUAUUUGAGCAGUUAAUUAUAUUAUCAUAAAGAAAUUUAGGAGUCUGAGUGUUCAUGAUUCUAUGAAAGUAUAUUAAUAUAUUAGCAGAUAGUCUAUGCUUGACCAUCAGCCAAGCAAGAGGAUCAUGCAUUUCUGCAGCACUAGUUCUUGAAGAACAACCAAGAACCAGUCUUGCAGCCUUGUUUUGAGCGACUUGAGACUUGAGCAGACCAUACAACUGAACAGUAGUCUAAAUGACAUAAAACCAAUGUACAAACAACACAACAAAACAACUGUGAAUUGAGAAACGGUGCACAUUUACGCGUUAUGGCAACAGCUCUACCCAUUUUGGCAACAACUUUGUCGAUGUGAUCAGACCAUGACGAUGUGCAAUCAAGCCAAAGUCCAAGAAGCUUCACCGCUUUUACUUGCUGUAUAGUUUGACCUUUUAUUUGUAUCUUCAUUUUACCAGACAAAAAUAAUAAACCGCUUUAUUGCUCAAUGAAUAUCUUACUAGUGUGCACAUGAGCCUACAGUGAUAAUGGUAGGCUAUUGGAAACAUAAAAACAGUCUGACAAAUGAAUGUGAUUAUUACUAGAGUGAUUGAAAAGCUCAUAAUAACAUGUUGAUCAGCCAAAAGUAUCGUUAUAGAUGUCUUUACAAACACACUGAUCCAGCAGAAGCAGACAGAUAUAUCCAUCGAUGACAUAAAUACAAAUAUUCAGCAAACAGAGGAGGCACAGAUAAUUUGAAGUGUUUUUGGAAAGACUUUAGACGGUUUGAUUUGGGACAGGAAAUUAAGUUAUGCUUUUUCAUCUUUCUAUCAUUAGUUUGACGUCACUUUUUUCUAAAGUCUCAGACCUUCAACAUCUGCACCAACCGAAGGUGAUUUGAACAAACAAUCAUCUUGUUGUUGUUUUUAUCAAACUUUUGUGAAGAUUUUUCAAAAUGAGAAAUGUAAACGAUGAAAGUUAUCCACAAUCUCUGUCCUUAAAGCUGCGACCAAAUCAGCCUCUUUAGAAAAGAAGAAAAAAAAGCUGAAAUCUAGAACUAAACCGAGAGUUUUUGGUGAGACUGAUCCACAAACAUUUACAAACCAGAACAUUUCAAGAGUGCAAUGAUCUUAUUACAUGUUUUUGGUCUGAUUGACUCAAAGUUGUGUUUACUUCAGUUCAGUAAACUCAGCAGAGUCUCCAUAACUGUAGCCAAACCACAGUCCAGCAUGUAGCGGUUCAGUGAAUGUGGUCUGGACUCUGUGGAGGAGAGUCAUGGUUUCAGAGACGCUGUAGAAGGACAGAAUACCUGCUCUGUGAUCCAGGUACACUCCUACUCUGGAGGAUGGAGGACCUGAGACACGAAUGCGGACUUUGUUGUGCACAAAGUCAUAUCUGUCAUUAAAACAGUCUAACCUCCAAGAUUUGUCACUGUAUCCAAAUCUACAAUCCUUUGACGUCCCUGCUCUGCUGAUAGUCUUGUAUGCGACUGCUACAAAAACCCCACCCCCUCUACGCUCCACCUCCCAGUAACAGCGUCCAGUCAGACUCUCUGUACUCAGGACCUGAGUCCAAUCAGUGAAUCUGUCUGGGUGAUCAGGAUAAGACUGAAGUUGUUUUGUAAAUGUUGCUCUUCUGUUUCCAUCAGAUAAUAACAGCCGCCUGUGUGCUGUGUUUGGGUCCAGUGUGAUUCUUUGUGAACGACUUAAGAAACCAGCUCUGGUCUUGGGUUCUGGUUCUGGUGACAGUAAAAAAUCCACUUCAGUCACUGCCUGUGAGACGUUUGUCCAGGUCUCUGACAGAAGAUCCUGGAGUUUCUCUCUGACCUCUGACACAGCUGCUGUCACCUCCUCAAAGAAUCUAAGAGGACGGAUGUUGAUCCUGGAUGAGUCUGCAGGUUGACCCGGUCCUGACAGUGAGGGGUAGCUGUGCAGAAACUGGUUGUGGUCCUCUAUGUGUGAGAGCUUCUGCAGAUCAGCGUCUUUCCUCUUCAGCUCAGUGAUCUCCUGCUCCAGUUUCUCCUGAAGCUCUUUGACUCGACUCACUUCACGUUCCUGCUGGGAUCUGACCUGCUGCUCCACGUCAGAGCGGCGUUUCUCCAUCAGACGGAUCAGCUGGAUGAAGAUCUCCUGGCUGUGCUCCGCAGCUUUAUCAGCAGAGCCGUUGAUAGCCUCCACCUCCUGUUGGAGCAGCUUCACAUCUUCUUCUCUGUCCUGGAUUCUCUGCUGGAUGUUUCCUCGACUCUCCUCCAGAUCUUUCUGCCUCUCAGCUCUUUCUGCUGCAGCUGAGACUGUGUCGUGACCUUUGUGUUGGUCCACAGAGCAGAGAUAACAGAUAGACUGCUGAUCAGUGCGGCAGAAGAUCUUCAUCACCUCAUCAUGUCGAGUGCAGAUGUUCUCCUGGAGCUUCUUGGAGGGCUCCACCAGCUUGUGUUUCUUAAACUGAACUACUUCAAAAUGAGGCUGGAGGUGAAUCUGGCAGUAAGAAACCAGACAUUGCAGACAGGACUUGACGGCUUUCAGUUUUCUCCCACUGCAGACGUCACAGGCCACAUCUUCAGGUCCAGCCUCAGAGGAACCAUCAGGAGCAGCUUGGAGUCCGCUCUUCUUCACUUCCUCCACUAAAACUGCUAACAUGGUGUUUUUCAUCAGGACAGGCCUCGGUGUGAAGGUCCGUCUGCACUGAGGACAGCUGUAGAUCUUCUUCUCAUCCUCAGUAUCCCAGUAGGAUUGAAUACAGCUCAUGCAGAAGCUGUGUCCACAGGUGACAGCCACCGGAUCUUUCAGUAGAUCCAAACAGAUGGAACAAGAGAAAGACUCACGGUCCAGCUGAACUCCUUUCUGCGCCAUUUCAACUCGCUGUCGACGACGGACUGAGUUUCAUUUCCUCAGAAGUGAAACUAGUCUGAGCUCUGAUCUCAACAACAUGUGUGUGUCAGCAGGAUCAGUUCAGGACACGCUGGUUACAGCCAUGCUCAGACUGUAGAUCUGAAGGGGAGGGAACAAGGAAGUGAGUGUGCAGAGUGGAGUGUUCUGUGUGAGAGACGAGGGAGAAAAAAUGCAGUUUUUCAACAUGUCAGGAAGGGAGCGGUGAUGUGAACUUUAGACUCUCAAACUCCAACCAGCAGAGGUUCUUAAAGCUGCAGCAGCGGUCCUGAAGAUCAACUGACCAACAUUUUUCUGAAUGCAUCAACAUUUAUUCACCUCAUAUAAACCUCACAGAUCACAGACAGACUUCCACUGUUUGAUCCUGAUAUCCACACAUAUUAAAAUACAACACAUAUAAAUCUCUCUCUCUCUCUCUCUCUCUCUCUCUCUCUCUCUCACGGUUUGUAAUAUGUAAUUCAAACACAAAGAUAGCAUCUAUCCCACUAAGCAAUAGACGGCUAUUAGACGUCUAGUUAUUUUUUGGACCUAAUUUCAACCGUCUAGAUUCUGCAUAUCUGUAGACGGAAUUAAGACGUUGCAUUUCAAAAAGCAACUGUGAGUUGCAUAACUGAUCUCCAAGUACUAAACCAAAAUAAUUAUGAUAGCCGUUGAGCGAUAUACUGGUAGACCUCUGUUAGCUGGCUAGUCUAAACUUGGUCUAAAUUUAGACGUUUGAAAACUUUCUUUUAAAACCCUGUGGUAGCUUGAUUAUAGACCGUCAUCUAGACUACAUUUAGACGUCUAUUAGACCUCUUAUAGACCAAAAAAUGCUCAGUGGGUCUAUGAGAUGCAAAGGGCUUUCAACCAACUGCAAACACUAUCUGCUGCAAAACAGUCACAUGGUUUUCUGUUGACAUUUUUAAUUCAAUAAAUGUCUUUGUCACAACAAACCAUAAUAUAAUAAUAAUAAUAAUGAUAAUAUAUAGUCAGUCAUCAGCGGGUGAUGGUGUUCCUGUGUCCUUUCUACUCUGUAAUCUCGUUUGAUAGAAUAUGAUGAUAAAGCGGUAGGUUAAAGGUGAGAUUUUUGUUAUUGACCACAUGUUACGUGCUAAUUUGAAGUUAAUAAAGUUCAGCAUUUGUUUUAAAAUAAAUCAGUGUUUAUGUCUGUAUACAAAGCCAGUUUCUAAUGCAUGCAUUGUUGAAAAGUUUGCACUCAGGGAAGCGAUGAAACAUAUUGAAAUGAAACAUGAAUUUCACAGAAUUAUUGCAAUGAGGCUUGGGCUGCUUUUGCUCCUGGCCCUCUUGCUCAUGUGCAUGGGCUAUGAGAGAGAGAGAGAGAGAGAGAGAGAGAGAGAGAGAGAGAGAGAGAGAGAGAGAGAGAGAGAGAGAGAGAGAGACUCCUUAGACUCCAGGCUCACUAGCUGAGACUCAGCUGAACUCUUCAGUCCUUUACAUCUCUGUGCACACUGAACCUCAACAUCAGCUAGGUCUAAUUUGGUCCGUGUACGCAGUGAUCUAGUAAAUGAGGCAUUCAGGGACCCAUCUGUCAAGGCCAGUCUGUCCUCAGCUGGACCCUGCACACACCAGGGGAACACUCGGGCCUUAUGGGAGUGAGCUGGCUGCCAACAAUCCCCACAGACUUGUCAGCUUAACAUUUAUAUUUUGAAAGCACAAGUUUUCCGUGGUGUGAAAUCCAUUUACAAACAAAAGUGUACCCAGAGGCAUGAAGCACAAACAAACAAGCAGUUUUGUAUCGUUGGGUGUUGCUGACCUUAGUUUGAAUUUUUAGAUAACAUCUUUCCAUCUUCGGUCCUUUUCUCUGUUAAAAACCAAGUUCUCUUUGUCUGCAGCUCCAUCCUCAGGCAUCAGAGAGGGAUUCCGGUCUAGGUCUCCAAUAGUACGCUUUGAUAUAGCCUCCAUUGCAGCCAAACUGAAGAUCACCAUAAGAAAACACCAACAUUUGGGCAGAAACCUUGAGCAGAACCAGACUCUGCUGCAACAGGACGGGCCAAGAAGUUGGGAUGGAGUGAAAGACAAAAAGAAAGAAAUAUGAGAAAAUAGCAUAUCAGCAUCCUCACCAUAAAUGUUUUACAAAUUAUUCUUGUGUGUUUUGAUCAAUUUGGUUUGAAAUCUGAGGCAACAUAAUGAACCCUGAGGAUCAUCGGCACAAACAGUUUUAGACAUAACAUCAAUGUUCCAAACAAAAAACAAUCCUGUACAACAUGAGAGUAUGUUUUAACAACACAAUAACAUUUUUACAAAACAACAAUAUUUUUCAAUUGUAACCAAUAUUUUAUAAAACAAAAACAUUGCAUAAAAGAGCAAUAUUUCACUAAACAACAACAGUAUUUAAUAAAGCAGCAUUUCACCAGACAACUACAAUAUUUCACUAAACAUCAAUAUUUACCUCCGCCAAGGAGGUUAUGUUUUCAGUAGCGUUGGUUUGUUUGUUUGUUUGUCUGUUAGCAACUUUACGGAGAAAGUAACCGACGGAUUGACCUGAAAUUUUCACCAGAGGUACGUCUCAGCCCCAGGAGGAUCCCAUUAAAUUUUAGUGGUGAUCCGGACAAAAUUCUGGAUACUGUGAUCCAGAACACACAAAAAUAAGGAUGUUGUUGGGCGGCAGAGUGGUGUAGAUAGGAAGCACAGUGGUGUAGUGGUUAGCACUGUCCCCUCACAAUCAGAAGGUCCUGGGUUUGAAUCCUUGUCAGGGCAUUUCUUGUUUUAGGAACAUUAUGAACAGUGAACAUACCAGUUUAAACACAAAUAAAAGUUAAUAAAAGACACGUAACAGUAAAAGUUUUGGUGUGAAUCACAAUAUAAGGGGGGACAUGAGCUGCUUGGUGGAGGUCUGCGCUCUCCGAGUGCUUUUCUAGUUCACUAUACAAUAACAGUAUUUCAGUAUUUCAUCCUUUUCUUUCUCUUCCCUCCAGCUGUGUCCCUGGUGCUCGGCUGUAUUAUCUUUCCAAAUGGCUGGGACGCAGAGAUCAUCCGGGACAUGUGUGGGGAGGACACAGGGAGGUACACCCUGGGAAACUGCUCGGUGCGCUGGGCCUAUAUCCUGGCUAUCGUCGGUAUCCUUGAUGCUCUCAUUCUCUCCUUCCUGGCCUUUGUGCUCGGCAACCGACAGGGUGACUUCCUGCAGGAGGAGCAGAGAGUGGAAAACAAAGGUGAGACAUGGAAACAAAUAUAUAUAUAUAUUGCUACAAAAUAUUGCACUGUGCUUUCUGUCUACACCAGCCAUCUGUAGAUGGAGCUACCCAGGAGCUUUGCUGGAUGAGAAACACAGAGGUUCUUUUGUUUACUUUUGUUUGUGGUUCCACAGAAGUCUAGAUACCCACCAACACUGAGCAAACCGCUCAGCUGAUAUGUGAACAAGUCCAGAUAUUAUCACCUAAAAGCAAAAAGAACAUAGCUCAACAAGUCUCAUCUGAAACGCCUCCUUUUUGCCUCCUUUAAGAGAGACAGAUUUGAGUUUACCAUGCAUAAUGAGGAAGUAGACUUACAGUUCAGCUUUAUUGUGGAAUUGUUGAAAAUGAACAUGAUAAACUUUAGUACCAAUAUUGUAUCUCAUACGACCUUUACUGUAUUUAAGUGCAGGAGCUGCAGGCUGUCUCUGUCACUGAUUUCUUAAGUCUCCUGAGUUAAUGGGGAUUUUCUCCUGCAUAAAUAUAAUUUGUUCUGCAAGAUUUUGCAGGGAUUUGCAGGCUUAGUGAAAUAAGAGAAAGUUUAUGUUGUGCUUAACAUGGAAACUAUUAAAAACGUUAAGCAUGUCUAAACUUAAGUAGUAAUCAGGUCGAAAAAGUGAGCCAACAACCCUUUGAGUCAUGCAAAUCCUCACAACUACAAAAUAAAACACUGCUAAUCUCAUUAGACUGUGUAACAGGUAGAGAUAUUUCUCCUAAAAUCUCUAAAGCCUGAUACAGCUGAAAGACUCCUCAUUAAACAGCACAUUCGAGCUCGGCUGUGUUUGUUUUUUUAACCUUCAUUUUUUAACAGCAUGUCAAACUUAAGAAAAGACAAACAAACCAAAGCCUGAUGAAGUUUGAAAAAGCUGACUGAACUGAAUUAUUGAUGUUGAAAAAUGUGCACACAUCUUGAUUUAAGGACACGUAUCGAUUUGUUGCUUUGCAUGCAUGAUCAAUCAGAUCAUCCAGGGUGGGACGUGAAUAAAUCAGCAUGCAGCAGCUUCAAUUCAUCUGAAAACGUGGACAUGUGGAUUUAAAUUACUAAUGAAUGAAGAGAGUGUAGUGUAUUUUUGAAAAAUUGUUAAUUAAAAAGCAAUGUGAUGUGUUUAUAGAAGUUAAAAGCUGUUAAGACUGCAGGUUAAAUUCAUCAUUGUGGUGCUUUAAAAUGUUUGUUACUUUUGGUUGAAUAUGGAUUUUGCACGUCUUUAAGAUGAAUUUUCUGGUAGUUUGGGAUUAAAGGGUUUAUGACAUGUAUUGUUAUGUCGAUUAAUUGGAGCAUGGUUACGUUUCAUUGAACUUUUGAUUAUGUUUAUGUUUAUGUUUAAGGUUUUUCUGCUCGUGGCCAUAAAGUCAAAUAAAAGGAAAAGAAAGAGAAAGAAUUGACUCAAGUGGGGAAAAAGGUCAAAAGAGCAGAGAACUUGACACACAUCAGCCUUUUACAGACUUUACUAUAGAUGAAGACAUGAAACCCUUAUAAUAUAACAAUAUAACGUAUAUCCCCCUCAGUCCUCAAACUCCGGCUGUGAUGAGAGAAAACCGCAGCUGUGAGUCUGAUGGAUUUCAGACUUUCACUAAAUGUUGGUCGUAGCUUUUCUUUUUUUGUGAGUGUUGUUGUAAAACACAUCACCCGACGACGAGUUUAGCAGCCUGGAGGAAGACAAGAAUAAACUCCCCCAGUUCCUCUGAGUAUGAGGAGGGAGUUUCCAUGGUUACAUGUCAGAUUGAGGCUCUGGUUUCCUCUUACUGUGUACAUCUCUGUCUGUUAAUUUCUGUCUCUGUUGGACUGUUUGUAUCUCAGCUUUUAUGUCACUAUCUGCUCCUCUGGUUUUCCUCUCUUUCAAGGCUGCUGUUCAUCUUUGCCAAUAUUAAACAAAAAGAUGCCUUUCUGCUUGCAUGAGACAUUCAAGACUAGUUUUGUUAAAACUGUAUCCUGUAGUUACAGGUUUGCUCUUCCUUGUGUGUUAAUAUCUUUAAACUCGGAGGCAUAUCUAAAAUAUCUACUGAAUUUCACAGUUUUGGAUAAACAGUUCUCAUGUUUGCACCGAGCAGCAGCCUCCAGUUUUGAUAAAAGACGCUUAAAGUACGAAGAACUGCAGUUCCCACUUUCCUGAGUGCCCACUGCCUGCAGAAGCACCAAAAACAGAUACAUGCUGAUUCAAAAAAUCAAUUUGAGCAGCCAGAAUAACCACUUUUACAACCUGGUUUAAAAGAGUUUAGGUGUAAAUUACUCAGUCCUUUCUACACACACUUCAUGGGAGUGAAAGUCUUGGAAACUCGCUCUUUUUAAAGGUGUUUAAAACAGAAAUGUGCUGAUCUUAUUCUCUUUGUCUUCUUCACAGAUUUCGCCGUGUCCAGGGUAAGUUCAAACUAUCUCAGUUGUUUUUAUUGUUGUGGUUUGAUUGUGUUGUCUCAUGGUUAACGGUGUGUGAUGUGAAGGAAAAGCAGAGGGUCAAAUGAAGAAGGAUCCUCAUAAUGUCGAAUUCUUUGUUGCAAAAAUUAUUAGAGACACUUAUUACAAAGGAGCACUUAACUCUACAUAUGGAUGACUUGAGAUGUUAGCUUGUACUUCACCACAUUAACAACAUGCAUAUCCAGCGCUACAUAAUGCAUGUGUUGCAUGUGUGUGAGAGAAUAAAGGCAGAGGUAGUGAGGCUGUCAGGCAACACUCACCACACACUCACUGAUACACCAAGAUAAGAUGCAGCCUGUGUACGGGAACCUCCUCAGACUUUAAUUUAACCAUCUGAUGAAGACACACGGUCCAAUCACCCAUGGUCCCAAACGAAGUGGACUAUCCGAGGAAACGAACUCUGGUCCGUUUAAAGCCGACCAAACAGCUCCGUUGUGAAAGCGACCUCAGUUUUCUCAUGAUAUGUCCUUAUGUUCAUCUCAGCAAGUGUUGAAGAUAAUUAAUCAUGAUAACGAUAUUUAUGUCAAAACAGAGACAUAAAAGGCAAUAAACAAGAAAUGUGAGAAAACAGAGACUGAAGAUCUAAAGACAGCAGACAUCAGCAGGGAAAUGAAGUGAAAACUCUGCCAUCUUUCCGAAUGAUGCACCAGAUUUAGAACGACACAGAUCGAAGAGGAAAAUUUAAACUAAUUCAUGCUCAAAGUAUUUUAGCUGGUGCAACACCUGAAGAGAUGGAAACUCAGGAGGCUACGAUUGAAUUUAAACAUUGCUGCUGCGACACAGAGCUGGUUUUCAGGUACUUCACUGGCUUUGCUUUUGUGCAUCCUGGGUUUGAAUAGUCCCCACUUCCUGGAGUUUGAUCUGUUGUCUUAUUGAAGGAAGGAGGAAGCUAAAGUGUCUCUGUUUCUAUCAGUCAGUCUCUUUUUAUUUCUAUCCAACUAACUACCAGCAAAUCUUCGUCUCUUGUGUCUCACGGUCCAGCACAUGUAAGUAAUUCUCCGUGUAACUGCCAGUUUUUGUUAUUUCAAAUAUCCCAGUAAUCCUUUCUGUUGAGUGAGUUCAGCUUCCCUCAGCUGACCUACCUGGUGUCAGAUAAAUCUCCUGAACUCCUCCUCAUGUAGACACGACGCUUCGUCACAUUAGAGACUCUGCUGAAGUGACCAAAUCCAUACAGGGAAGUAGCUGAGGGCUACGGAGCUGAUGAGCUGGGGAAGAGAGGAUGUAGAAGAAAAAGAGGAAUCUGUGCAAAAACAAAAGGUGGUUGCAUGUUGAAGAAAACAGCCUCAGGUACAAUGUUUUCCCCAAAGGAGCGAGCUGGGUGAGGACGUCAAGUCGAGGAAGGACUUACUGUGAGGAGUGUGUCUGCAGUGAACACCAGGCCCUGCAGCCUCUCUGUGCAUGUGUGUCAAAUCAGCUUAAUUACAAACAGCAAACAUUAAUGUGUUGUUAGCAGCUCGACACUGCACUGCAUGAAAAAUACACAGUUUUAGGCACCAGCAGCAGGAAAACUACCUCUUCCUGUUAGAGACCUACAAGAGACAGAACGAGGACGCUUAUAUUGCAGCGAUGUUUUUACGAGAUUUUACAUGAAACAAAAAAACAAAAAAAACAUGCCUUCAUUAUAUUUGAAGCUUUCGGAUUGUAUGAAUUACAUUCUUUAAGAAAAAACACAUUGGGUGCAUGCGAUACGGUGGAAAGAAAUGCGGUAAAACGUAAAAAUUUCGGGAUAAGAAAAAUUAAAAAUUGAGAUGAAGUCGAAAUUUCAAGAUUAAAGUCGAAAUUUUGACUUAAAAUUUCGACUUUAAUCAUAAAAUUUGAAUUUUUUUAAUCUCAAAAUUUUGACAAAACUCACGACAUUUUCACAUUUUGUAAUGUCCAAAUUAGACUUUAAUCUCGAAAUGGAAAUUAUAAAAUUCUCCCUCCUGUAAUUACUUUUUUCUCCUCUUGUGGCCGUAACCCUCUUUCGUAGAAAAACCAUAUAAAGUGAUAUAAACACAUCUCUGGUGAUAAUUAUCAAACUCUCUCCUCCUUUCAGCUCCAUCUCGGCUCCUCUCUUCGGAUGGACGGAGUAAGAUCAUUGAGUCUUUUUAAACCCUGUGUGAUGUGUUGAUCCUGGUCUGCAGCAUGAUCCCCUCACAGAGUCCAGUCAGUCACAGACUGAAGGCUGUCCUCUUGUCUGUCUUGGCCUGUCCACGGUGAUGCUUCGGUUUCUCCUGCUUAUGUUGCCUUUGGGUUCAGUUUCCUGUUACAGAAAUGUGUCUGUUCUUUUUUUAAUGCAUACCAGUUACAGUGAGAAUGAAGCACGGCUUUAAGCAUGUCUGAACUCUGGACUUAUUUUCAUGCCGUAUACACUGAGCAGGAAUGUGCAGAAGCUGAGCAAGGGCUGCACGAUUAAUCAAUUUUGAAUUGUAAUCGGAUUAUUUGAUUAUAGGGAUGUUAAAAUAUUCAAAUUAUUAAAUCAAUUUUCCCUUCUAUAAUGUCUUGCACCUGCCUCUCCUGCGGGAGUGUGAACAAACAUGGCGUUUGCAAAAGGAGGCAAUAAUUUUGUGGCUAAAUAGGCAAGAGCAAGUCAGUCGUGUGGAAUUGGUACGGCUUCACAGUUUCGGAUGAAGAGCAAACAACUUCCCACUGUUAAAUCUGUUUAAAGGCGGUAUCAAUCUGUCCACUAAGAAACUAAUUCAGGAGGAGACUAAGGUGACGAGACAUCUCCGGAUUGGGUGACCUGUCCCCGGCUAAAGCUGUCCACAAAAAUGUCCCAGAUGUAAGCGUUUCAUGAAUGAGAACAAAAAUGUUGCUUGUAGGCUAGAGCAACAGUUAUUACAGUAGCCGAAUGGGAAGGAAGCACAAGUAAGCAGUCCUGAACAACAGUUUUUAAAGGGGUUAUUAUAAGGGGCUUGUGCUGCUACUAAAUAGUAUUUUUUUGUUGUAUUUGCAUUUUAUCCACAUGGAAACAGCAUUUAUGGUGACUGUAAACGGUACUUUUUGGAAACGGGCAUGAGAAUGCAUAAAUCCAUAAACAACUACCAUUUCAGCUCCGUGUGGACGCCUGUCUGCAUCUCUUGAAUGAUUAUGUGACACACAGUUUAACUCUUUGAUGGCACCUGUGCAUGUCUGGCUGAACCAACCUGAACACGCAUGCUGUACUCUUCUUCUGUCGUUGAUGCAUUUCCUUGGCAGUGUUACAGCGCCACUCACUGGCUUGGCAUAUGCACUUUAUUGUUUUCAAUGGUUUUGUUUUUGGAGAUGAUUAAAAACUUAUUAUUAGAGUGAAGUUUGGUGAAUACAAAACAAAAUCGAAAAUCAAGUUUUCAGAGAAAGAAUUUGGGAUUUCAUUUUUGGCCAAGAUCGUGCAGCUCUGAGAUGAGCUAUCAACCAUUACAGACCGAGUUAGCCCUACCAUGCAGAUUAGAUCAGACCAAAGACGCUUGCUCUGUUUGUAAAGUUUGAUUUUGUAUGAAUUGCAUCACAUAAUUUGACUCCGCCUGCACUGAUCAGCUUUUGGGGUUUAUGUUGCACAAGUUGACUUUACUUUUGUGCAGUGCACUGAUAUAGCCUAAGUUUUUAUAUUUUUGCAUGUUAGUUUGACAUAAUUUUAGUCAUCAAAUGCCCAAGAUGGUUAAGCAGAAAUGAUAAUGGUUGCACAACUCUCUCUCCUCCUUGCAGCUUCAUCUCGGCUCCUCUCUUCGGAUAGAUGGAGUAAGAUUAAUGAGUUUUUUUAACCUUGUAUGAUGUGUUGAUCCUGGUCUGCAGCAUGACUUCCCUGCAUGUAGUCCAAUCAGUCACAGACUGAAGGCUUUCGAGGAAGAAAAGAAAAAUAUUAGCGAAACCCUUACAGUAAAGAUACACAUUUCUGUUUGUCUGAUUUAAAGGGAUAUUCCGGUGUAAAUUUAAGUUAUGGUCAAACGUACCGUAACACCGAGUUAGACACCCCCUCAAGAGAUAACUGUUACUCAUUUUUAGGUUAGGGUGUGUUUUAAACAGCCGCUCAAAGUGCCACAGGAAAAGAACAUGCAUGUGUCAUGUCUGAGAAUAGUACUAAGAUUUUUUUUUAAUACUUCAGUGAUAAAGCACCAAAACAUUUUCAGACAGGGUGUACACACUGUCGUUAGGGAGAAGUAGUCAAGCAAGCAUCUACCUGAUUUAUCUAUUUACUUCUACAUUAUGUCAUAUCGUAGUAAUAUAUCAAGAAACUAGAAAACAAACUCUCCUCUUAUCCAUCUGGCAGAAGCACACAGAGCUGAAAUCUCUCCAGGAUAAUCCUGCAUGAAAAGACAGAGUCGUAUAAGGAGAGAGGAGAAGUGAGGGGAAAUGUAUUACAGUGUGACCUUUCAAGCUUAUUGCAUUUGUAAGUUUAUUUAUGUUUGUUUUGGUCCUUUUAAUUUUCCACAUCUCACUGACUGGCGCUGACUCAUAUGUCAGAGCCCUCCUGCUGCUGCGCUCACUUCAAUCUGCAGCAGGAGAGGGAGAGAUGACUGCCUGCAAUCACAUACUAAUAAUAAUAAUAAUAAUAAUAACAAUAAUAAUAAUAAUAAUAAUAAUAAUAAAAAUGAUCAGGUGGAGUGUUUUCAGAAAUAAGAGUGCAGCUGGACUGACAGAAGUUCAUCAAAAUGUUUUGAUGUUUAAAUGAAAUUCUGGGAGAUGUGAUUUUCUCUGUAUUAGAAAGGAUGCUCUUCUGGUAAAAAGGGUCAGUUGAAUGGAUCAGUAUGUCAUAGAGUCUGAUAAUGUGAUGAACCCCCGUGUUAAAUACACUGAAUAUUAUCUACUCUAAAAUGUCCAAAAACACACGCCCACUUGUUCAGUAGCGUCUCACAUGCUGGCUGUUAAAGCGGUGUGUGCCUCUUCAAUGCUGCACCUGGGUGGGUCUGCCCACCAGUUCUCAAAUUCAGAUGUGAUGGAAAUGGAUAAACUCAUGUUUUAUUUGCACUUUGACUCAGUGUUGAUAAGAGGAGAAUAAAGGGCUCGUUCUGCUCUUCAGUUGUCAAAUAUCUUCAUGUUUUCUCUGAUUUACGCUGUUGUGCUUUUUACCUCCGCCAAGGAGGUUAUGUUUUGGGGAGCGUUGGUUUGUUUGUCUGUCAGCAACUUUAGGGAGAAAGUAACAGACGGAUUGACCUGAAAUUUUCACCAGAGGUGCGUCUCAGCCCCAGGAGGAUCCCAUUAAAUUUUGGUGGAUACUGUGAUCCAGAACACACAAAAAUAAGGGUGUCGUUGGAAUUUUCAAUGCUGAAAGGUAAACAAUGAGCGGCAGAGUGGUGUAGUGUAGUGGCUAGCACUGUCGCCUCACAACCAGAACCCGCUCUCCGGGUGCUCUUCUAGUUUGUAGAUGUGUUCACUAUCUAACUGGAUUAUUCUGUUAUGUACCGUUACUGUUGGAGAACAUCUAACAAUCUUAUCGUUCUCCCACUUUUUCCUCCUUGGGUCUUAAUUUUGGAUCGAAAUAUUUGCAGUGUUCUCCUAAAUCGAAUGUUUUCAGUAAGCAGUAGUGGACUCCUGUCUUUGUCGAUAAGCACUGGCAAAACUCUAAUGGGGCGCUCACAACAAGCGCAUGUAAAAUCAUCUACUAGCUUAAUUCACGCAAAUCUAGACGUGUGAAUGAAAAGUAUUUACUCGCUUCAUUUACGAGUAAUUUCAACGUUUAUCCCUGGGAUCAAGUGACAGACAAAGGUUUCUUACAAUUUACCAGAUAAUCCGACCUCCCCACUUACUUGCCUUCAGGUGAGUUUCUUUUUAUUCUAGUUUCGGUGAUUGAAAGAAAAGGUGUCAUAUAAUACGGGGCACCCACACAGACACAAUCAGUUUGUCCUCCAUUUUAGAUACCAGUGAACAAUCAUCUGUUUUCACCCAGCAACCUUCGUGCUGAUUGGUUAUCGUGACACGAAAAUAUCCGCUCAAGUUGAAAAAUUCAGCUCCCGCCCAAUUCGCGUCAUUCACGGUACGAGCAUCUAAUCGCAUCUUUGUAUCGGCUUAACAUGUAAUUCAGUCACACAUGUGAUUUAACUCGCGCUUGGUGUGUGGAGAGAGUAAGAGCUGAACCUUUUCCAUCAUGUACCAAAACAAUCAACAAACACGUUAUCAAUACGCUGAUUGGUUGGAUGUUGAAAACAAAAACAUCAUAAAAAAAACAGAUGAUUUCUCAGCUCUGGACCUCCAGCUCAGCCUUUUAUCCCACUCCUUCUCUUUCAGUCAUAAUGUGAUUUACUACGAGGAACACAUUGAUGCUGUCCAGUUCGUCCAGUUGUGAAGCAUGCUGAGAACACAGUUUUAUAAAAAUCCAGUUUCAGUCAGAUGAGCACAAUAACUCAGUCCACUUGAACAACAUGUUCCCUGUACGCUUUCAGAGUCUGAAUGAAUGUUUCCUUUUCUUCCUGAAACCUGAAAUUUUGAUUCUUCUAAACUCAGAACUUUCCUGAAACUGUCCUGACAUCCCUUUCUCUUUCUCUCUCUCUCUCAAUUUUUGCUCCAGAUUGAAAUCGGCGACCCCAAGGAUACAAGAUUCGUCGUCCAUCGGUUCCACUAAGAACACAAACGACUCCUCUUCUUCUUCCAGUCCUUCUUCCUCCCUCUUGUCCAUCCUCCUUUUCCUCCUCCUCCUCCUCAAAGCCUUUCAGGUUAAACCUUGAUCUGGAUGUGGAUGUGGUCUUGGGGGUCUGACAGUUUGUAUAAAAGGACUGAUGUGGUUCCACCUUUGAAAGGAAAGAAUCCAGGACCAUCAGCUAAACCAAACUCUGGGAUCAAAAUACACAACGGCCUGUUAUUGUUAAAAGGAUGAUGAAAUUAUUAUAAAUGCCUGCAGUUGGAGUAUAUACAGAUAUUUUUACUGGGUGGGUCAAAAUGAUUUCCACCCUAAAAGUGACAUUAUAAAGUGCAUAUGAAAAAGCACACAGGUGCUACUUCUGUUUAAAAAAGAGGUACAACUACAAAAAAGAGGAUUUUGUACAGAUACAGUCAAUUUUUUAUGUCUUUUUCAAGUUUUCAACUUAUCUUUGUAUAUGAUGAGUGUAGGGAAACUAUAAAAACAAACCCUCUGAGAUGUUUCUAUGGAAACAGGGUAAAAAGGUCAUAAAAAAACACCGGUUUCAGCAUCUUGUCCCCAAACAUGACACAUCUCUGUUAGUUGUAGAAAAGUUUAGUAAAACUUUUUUCUUGCUUAAAUCAUGAAAAGAAAAAUGCAGACUUCACCUCCAUGGAUGUUAAAAAAAUUCAGUAAAUUCACAAAGUGGACAUUUUUGUUUUCUUUUCUUGGAUGUCAUGCUCAGGAAGCCCAAAUGCUGCUUUAAUGUCUUAAUUCUGGUCAUGGACACAAAUGGAUUCUUAGAUAACUGACUGUAAUGAAACUGGAAAAUGUUAAGUUUAAACUUAAACUCAUUUUGCAUCCACAGAGAGGUGCUGCUGAUGUUACAGACUGUGGAAAACAUGAGUGCAGUCACACUACCAUCACCCACACUUUCUAGAGAGAUGUUUUCAAUCAGGGGCCAUGUUGCUUCCUAUCAGCCUAAACGCAGGGAAAGAGCCCCGGCGAGCGUUUAGCCUCCCAGCCAAAAGCCUUUUUGGGGGGUUGAAAAAGCCAUUACAUAAAUUAUCAACAAAUUGUCAGGAUGAAGAUCCAAAUAAGAGCGCAGGUGCUGGAAUCAAAAAUGACAAAGAAAAGACACUUGAAAGCUUGAGUUCAGGGGUUUAUUUGAGCUAACGAAACAUCACUUCUUUAACAAGACGUUGAUCAGGAGGUUGUGGUCUGAGACUCUUCUGUCUGUAUUACAGUCACUGUGAAACCUAUGCCAAAUGCAUCACCCAGAGGCUGUUCAUACAGUAUAAUACUGUAUAUAUAUAUAUAUAUAUAUAUAUAUAUAUAUAUAUAUAUAUAUACACACAUGCGUAGUCUUAGUGAUAGCAACAGUUAGUUCCACUUAAGGAACUAUCAAUGGAGGUCACCUGUAAUCGCUAACUCAACCUAACUUUUGAAACUCUACUCUCUGAUGUGUUUUCAGAAUCCAAAUAUGAUGACAACCGACUGUUACAGUUUGAGAACUGUGUUACAAAAAAACAGGCCAUCUUCAGUAGGGAGCAUAGACUGUUUAUAGUAUGGACCAUGUGACUCCACCUUUCAUCACAGUGUGAAUUUGAGGCCAAACUGCUCAGAGUAAUUCAGGGAAUUUCCUCUAUUUCCUGAAAUCGGCAUUUCCUGCAACCCACACAACAUCACAAACUGGGGGAAAAUUGUGUGACUUGUAUUCAGUUUCUAAAGUUUGUCCACAGUUCCAUUUAUUUUGCUGGAGGAGGCAGGUUUUAUGGCCUAUACUGCAACCAGUCAACAGGGGGUGCUGUUCUCACCCAGCAAGGUGGCAGAGAACGUCCAUUCUAUAUAGAGUCUAUGGUAGGGAGCAGCUUUCAGCUUGUAGUUCAUUAAAAUGAUCGAGAUCUGAAUACAAAACACUUUAUCAAUGACAAACAGCAGCUUCCAGUUGGAGAGUUAACUCACCUUACAGUUACAUAGAUUUAAAGAAGUGAUCUAUAAUUGUCUUUGAAUUCAUUAAUCCAAAGAUCCUAUGGCUGAAUUACAAUCAUGAAGAUGGAGCCUGAGUGGUAGAAUGGUAGAUUAGUAUUUCUUUCUUUACCCCCACACAAAUAAAACACAACUAUGGCAGGUCAUGUUAUUAGAAGAGUCUGACUCUACAUAAACAAAAGUGAUGAAAAGAUGAAAACUUACACAGGUGCCUCCAUUUAGGUAUUUUUAGAUACGCCAGGCAGUCGUGUAACUCUACGUCAGCGUUUUUGCUUCAGCCCUGAGCAUCACAGGAAAGGAAAGUGGCCGCCCUGAGAAUGAAUCACCUCUCGUGAGUCCACACUACACACACGAGGAAAAACCUUUGAGUUCAGUCUGUCUGCACGUCUUCUUCUUCUUCUUCUUUGCCCAUUGAUUUCAGUUCACAUGGACAUCCCUCACCCAGGUAACGCCCUGCAUGCUGCAUCUAUCUCAGGCUUCCUCUCUACACUCAGUGAGGCUCCAGCUCCAGUUAGUAAAAACAAGGACCACCAUAGAGUGGAGAGACCCAGAACAGACUUUCAUCAAGACAACAGACAUCAACAUCUGUAAGGCUUUCCUAAUGUGACUCCUCACAGGACCUAGACUAUGGAAAAAGAGAGAGAGCGGCAGGUGCUUUGAGAUUGGAUUAUAUCUUGAGUACGUCUGUGGGAGGACACUACUGAAUGCAGAGGUUGGAAACAGGGAAAUGACCCUUUAAUUUUACCUUGACCCAGAUUUCAGAUCGUGUUCUUUGAGGGAAACUGGCGUGUGCAGAUGUUGUCUUCCCAAACAUCCAACAGUUGCACAAGCUCUUAACAAGUUUUUGCACACGCAAACCUUUAGUCGAUCAGGCCCUUAAUGUAAGUAAGCCUCGGUAAAGGUUUGGUUUAACCAUGCUCAUGAAGCUAUAAUCAGUCAAAGGAUGCUGUCUUCUUCGCAGCAUUCAAAGUUGACCUCUAUAUAAAUGAAUCCACAGACUGGUUUCUCUGUAAGUAGACUCAGCCUCGUUUCAGGGUCCCAGUCCGCAGCGCCAGUUUAAGGAGCAAAGAUUUGGUCCGUCUGUCAAAUUCAGAAUAUAACCUCAAAGGAGCAGGAAACUGUUUUUUAGGUGAAUUUUCUUUUUCUAUUUUUUGUGAUAUGUAGUUUGCAGUUUCUGUUUGAAUCAUGACAUUUAAGCUUCAUCAGUCAGUCCCUUUGAAUGAAUCAUAUGUCAGAGCUGAGCUGACUGAGGACACUGAACAAGCUUUCUUCUCCUCUGUGUUUUCAGUCUUAAAAAGACACUAAAGUGCAUCUUGACUUUGUUCCUUUGAUAGUUUUUCAGUUGUGCCAAAACAGGAUUUAUACCUUUGUUUUUAUAUUUAACCUCUAAUGUGUUUCCAAGUGUUCCCCUCAUUGAUCAGGUUUGAUUUGGGUUUCUCUAGUUGUUGUAAUGUUGUUUUCUUACAUUAUGGGAUGAUGUGAUAAUUAAAAACAGAAGUAUUUGUGCAGGAUGAUCAGAAAGUUCAGGCUGCAGCCAGUUUCACACACCACUGUCUCACCUUUAGUGUCCUUUCAACAUGGAGAUGAAUAAACGGAUUGACUUCUGAA